CAGGCGCGCGCCACGCAGACCCCACCCAGAUCCAGCAAGACAGCAAAAAACAGCUUUGCGUUUCCACAGCUCUCGGUCUCCUACUAGGAAGAAGCGAGUAGUGAGAAACAAAUCUCUUUUCAGCUACUCUAAGUUUACAAGCCAAGGUAGUGAUGACUUUGCAGCAGACCCAGUCUUUGUUUCUUCUCUUGCUGCUGACCCUGCUAGGGCUAGGGCUAGUACAGCCCUCCUAUGGCCAGGAUCGCAUGUACCAGCGAUUCCUGCGACAACAUGUGGACCCUCAGGAGACAGGUGGCAAUGAUAGCUACUGCAACCUGAUGAUGCAGAGACGGAAGAUGACCUCCUAUCAGUGCAAGCGCUUCAACACCUUCAUCCAUGAAGACAUCUGGAACAUUCGUAGUAUCUGCAGCACCACCAAUAUCCAGUGCAAGAAUGGCAACAUGAACUGUCAUGAGGGUGUAGUGAAGGUCACAGACUGCAGGGAGACAGGAAGUUCCAGGGCACCCAACUGCAGAUACCGAGCCAUGGCGAGCACUAGGCGAGUUGUCAUUGCCUGUGAGGGUAACCCACAGGUGCCAGUGCACUUUGAUCGAUAGAGGCAUUUUGAAGGGAUUACUGCCAGUGGUUGGCCUCUGAAUAAGUCUGACAUAGUAAUGAGUAAUGCAUCUAAAAUGUCUCAGGCUUUGUCUCCUCUGCUCAUUUCUUAUAUCUUUCUCCAUGUAACCCAUUCUAUUAAAUACAUUACACCCAAUAGAUGGAGACAUAAACCAAUAUUGAGUCUGAGUUUUUCUACAAUAAGCUGCCUUCUAAUACUGGUCAGCUUAGCACUCUCAGAUCCUGUCCUCUGGAAUGUACUCACUCUAUGGAUUUAUAUAGUAUUUGAGCCAUUUCCAAGUACCUUUAUCCAAGUUUUUUUCAUUUUAAUACCCCAGCACUUUGAUGAGGUUGUUAUAUAUAAAUGAGAUUUGCUGAAGGCCAUAGUGACAGACCUGAGCCAAAACCCAGUUGUGUUGGUUACCCCUAAAGAGCUUUCUCUACUCACCAUCAGUUCUUUGGUAGUGUCUAGUUUUUUGUUAUGCCAAAAUGCCAGCCACUGAAGGAAACCAUUUGGAAAUAAGAAUGGCAAACUUCGAGCUCUAACAUUAUUGUUAUGUUUGUGUCUGAUAAGAUGA